AUGUACACGGCUGAAGUGCAAACAAUCAAUGGUGGUGGCUUCGCCAGUUCCAGUGUCCAGUCCUCUUUGAAUGUAGCUGCAGAAUCACUAGCGCUUACAGCCCCGAAGAGCCACAACAUAAACGGUCUCAUUCAGACCUGGCCCGGUGAAGGCCUCCUUAUCGCCAAUGGAGACAAUGCUGCAGGAGCAUCCGCAAGUCUACAAGGCGCCAUACUCGUUUACAGUACCUACGACACCUCGUUAUUAGGCGGUAAUACUGGGAACCGUUCACACCGGUAUACGGCCGUUCACGUGAUACGUCUCAAAUACGUUCUACUUCCGGGCAUAGUCUGCUCGGUGUUUGACAGAACACUACUUCCGGGCUUGAUACAGCUUGGGUAUCGCAGUCUUCUUCCGGUCAUAGUCAGGUCGGCCCCGAAGAGCCACAACAUAAACGGUCUCAUUCAGACCUGGCCCGGUGAAGGCCUCCUUAUCGCCAAUGGAGACAAGUAGUUCCGUAAUCUGACGCCCGCCUUCCACUUUGGCAUCGUCAAACAGUACUUAUUUGUGAAGAACCGGGAAUCCGACGUGCUUGUGGAUUUGAAAUGCAAGGAUUACUUGGCUGACCUCCUCACGGACAAGGACGACAAUGGCACCGGACUGACACCGAUGGAAAUUCGAAACGAAGUUGACACUUUCCUUUUUGAAGUGCAACGACUUCUGCACGAGGAAAUCGACGAAGUCUAUGGCGACAGAGCAUUUGUUGAUGUCACAUGGGAUGACCUCUCCAACAUGCCGUAUUUCACCAUGAUGAUAAAAGAGUCACUCCGCAUCAAUCCGCAUGUGCCCUUCAUACAGCGGGUGACAGAUGAGCCCUUGAGGCUGGGCGAGUAUGACAUACCCGUAGUGACGAACGUCAACAUCAGUCUCUAUAACGUACUCGAACAUUCCACGAAAUUCAGACCGGAGCGGUUUUCACCGGAGAAUAUUGACGAGGGUUACCCGUUCGCUUUUGCGCCGUUUUCAGCCGGUCCGAGGAACUGUAUUGGACAGAAUUUCGCCAUGAACGAACUGAAAACCGUAUUAGCUAGAAUUUUACGAAGGUUUGAUCUCGAGCUGGACCCUAAUCAUAAAGUUGCGCGGCAGUUGGCCGUGGUACUGAAGUCAAAAAACGGAAUCCGCAUGGAGGUGAAGGUCCGGAAACAUUGAUGUCCGAAUAAUUGUUACUUUUCACUUGUGUGCCAAACAUGAUGUGAUAGUUGAAAUUUGCGUUUUGCAUACAUUCUUGGGAAGUUGAUGUUACUGAAUUAUCGAUUGUUUGUUGCCGUUCUGGAAAUUGAUACGUUAUAAAUACGGUUCAUUAUAUAUUAUGUUGAUAAACGCCCCCCCCCCCCCCUACUGCAUGCAACUGGCAUUAGUUUUAAUGGUCUUUAUCGUUGAGUUAAAGCUCUAAAAUUGCCCAAUACAAAACAAGAGUUUGAACAGAGAAAACUGGCUUCUAGGGUUAAACAUUUAGUUUAUAUUCCUGAUUAAUAUUUUGUUGGCAUGUAUUUUACUGUUCAAUAGGUUUUGGUUAGAAACUUUAGCAUAGGCAUUAUAAUCGAAAGAUAUUUCGUUUUACUUUUAUGUACCCUUUAAUAAUAAAAAAAAAUAUUUCAGUAAUAUUUGUUGAAUGCUACGAAAUUGUGCAAGACAUGUAGGUAGUAAAUUCGUUUGUUGAUCAGAUUGGUAUUUGUUUUAUGUGGAAUCUACGAUGUUGAUUUAAAUAAAAAAUAUUAAUGUUU